AUGGAGGCCAAUCACAGUGGUAAAAGCAAUUACGAGUUGAACUGGAGUAAGGCAAAGCAUGCGGCCGAUCUAGUGUUUAUGAGAAAAGGGUAUUCGAUAGUGUUACAAAAUGGGCAGCGAGUUUACGGUCCGUGCCCCGGGUGGAGUGGACCCGUGCCCGAGCGUGGCAGCGAGGUGUUCGUGGGGCGUCUGCCACGUGACCUGUACGAGGACCAGCUCCUGCCGGUGCUGGAGCAGGCCGGCGCUGUCUACCAGCUGCGACUCCUCAUGGACUUUACCGGAACUACUCGCGGAUACGCUUUUGUUACAUACGCUAAUCCCAAAACAGCGUACUCGGCCAUCAAACUCUUAACAAAGUAUGAGAUCCGGCCGGGGGUUUUCCUAAGCGUUAAACAGAGCGCGGACAACAACCGGCUGUAUCUGGGCAACCUUCCGGCCAGCCGGACGCGGCAGGAAGUGUUGCAGGAGAUGGAGCGCUUGACGGACGGUGUUACGAAGGUCAUCAUGUACCAGAACGUCUACGACCGCUCUAAGAACCGGCGCUUUGCCUUCGUAGAGUACGAGAGUCACCGAGCGGCGUCGCUAGCCAGACGCAAGCUCUUCUCCCAGCAACUGACCAUCUUCGGAUCACCCAAGAUUAUCGUCGACUGGGCGAAGCCGAUGGAGGAUGAAGCCAGCCCCAGGAUGAGGAAGAUGUAUAACCUUGAUGUAUAA